AGGUUGAGAUUGACAAUCAAGAUGAAUUAAUAGGUCUCCUCAUUUCAUCAUCACAUCAAUCUCCCAUAUUUGCAAAGUUGCAGAACCUUAUCAAUUUUGGUGAUCUUUCGGGCCUCCUCCAUUUAAAAGGCAAAGCCGAAAGAUCUGCUUCCACUUUGUAAUGAACUUUGGAAGAAUGACCAUGACACUCAACUUCGCGUUCGUGGCCAUCAUUUAUCUCUCUUUAAAGCUUGGUUGGGCGUUAGAGACCCAAGUGUUAUCAAGCAUUCAAUCAUCCUAUGAAACCCAAUUUCAAAACCAUUGUCCUCGAGGAUUCACGUUGUUCUCGUUUUCGACUAAUAUCACACCUUAUUUUGACUCGCAUUGGACGUUUGUUGCUCUCUCUUAUUAUCCAUCAAAACUGGAAAGGAUCAGCUCGACCACAAAUUGUGCCUUGAUGCUGUUAUCCAAUUUAAGUGUGAAUCAAACGGACACCAUUUUAGCUUAUUCAAAACCUCUCCGCAAACGUGUAAUCAUCGUAGAGCUGCAAGAGCAACAAGGUUUGAGCUCUUGGUUAGACAUUGGAUUCCGUUCUAAAGUUCCUUUCCUGGUAACGAUGAAUUUACCCGGAUCAAAAGUGGUGCCCUUUUACAUGAUUUGUCCGUUCCAAGACCGAUCCACUAGCUCUCGUCCGGUCGUUUAUUGGAUCGAUAACCAUGGAUUUAAUCUCGACUUAGUGGGUGUAUUACAAAAUGGCUGUAAUGGAUGCAGUGGUCAUUGGACGGUAGGAUUUACCUCAUCACCGACAGCAGUUGUGACGGAACAAUCCAAGAUGGACUCACCAACUGGGUUUGAAGUGGAUGUUGUGGAGUUGGUCGCCGAACAGUUAGGAGUGACGCUCACUUAUGUCCUUGACGGCUCAGAAUGGACUCUUCUUAACGGGCACAUUCUUGGUCAAAGAACCCUUGAUGUUCACACGUAUGUCUACGACUUAAGCAUUGGAAACACCCUCACCGUUCUCCCCAAUCAAGAAUAUGUAGAUUUCACCGAUAUAACGUUCUUUUUUGAUAUUCUUUACGGCUCGCGAAUCCCAAUACCUAUUCCGAACUAUUUGAGCAUUGUUCGCGUUCUCUCAUUGGAGCUUUGGAUCGCUAUCAUAACGAGCAACAUUCUAAUUUCUUUCUCGUUAUACGCUUUGAUUAAAAUCUAUGAGGGGGAAGUGUUGAAGAUCAAUGCUGUAACGAAACCCAGAGCCAAUUUCAAAGAAAUCUUGGUGCGUAUUUCCAUUGGCCUCACUGAACCGGAACAUGUCCGUUGGUUUCCCAACUUAUGUGGUGGAUCUAUUGCAACGGGUGCUUUUUAUUUCUACUCUAUGAUUUUAUGCAUGGCGUACACCUCUACAUUGCUCUCGAUGUUAAUACAAGCAAAUAAGGAGCAUCCAGUGGAUAAUUCAGCUGAUGCGUGGAAGCGUGGCACAACUAUUUACACUUUGAAUUAUAUUGAUUUCUUGUGUACAGAUUGCCCUAACUUCCAAUUGUAUCCGGAGGAUUUACAAAAGGUUGCAUACCAAAUAAUCAAAACAAAUGGGAUGGUAAACGAUUCUGUGAUGGGUAACGUUACAAAGUAUUUGCGGUCGGAAAUCUUUCAAGACGGUGCAAUCGUUACGUCAAGUGGAACUUCAACUGCGUCAACCAAGUUCACCUUUCUGCCAAAGGACAUUUAUGAGAGUAAAGAAAAUUUCCUCGUGUCUACACCAGGAAGUGUUUAUGUUCCAAAGUACGCCCCAUGGGGGGCCAAAAUAUCUGAAGUUCAAGGUCGAUUGAUUUCAAGUGGGAUUGUGGACAAGAUAGCCAAGAAAUAUGUUGGUCGCAAGGAAGUCCUCGAGGAUAAACUCGUGCCCUUGUCCUUGGAGCACAUUCUUUCUCCUUUGUUUUUGUUGGCCUCUGGAUUAUGCUUGAGCAUGCUGGUAUUGAUCAGCGAACUACAUCCAUGGAGGAGUAUGCAGACAGCCGUGACUAAAAACUAUAAAUGAAAUGUCAAACAUGUUGAAAACUUUGUGCCCACCCUCACCUUGCCGAAAACUCACUUUGCACAAAAAUCUAGAAUAUGCUAAAUAUCUCUACAACAAUCUUUUGUAACGUAAUGAUGCGGCCUGAGUAAGAACAUUUCUUUGUUAUCAUGAAGCCAGGGAGCCAAGAGAUACUUUUAGAUAUUGUGAAAGCUUAUUACACCUCGAACAUGAAAGUGAAGAACACGAGUUCCCCUGUGGGUCAUUUGUAAAGACUACGUGCGUUUCAAUUUUUCUCAAAUAUGUUCAAAGAAAACUCUCCGAUCCACUUGUUUAUUUGUUCAUCCUCAUUCAAAUUUGUUCUAAUGUUUUUAGAAACAUGGCCUCAGGAAAUGACAUGCUCGUUAAUCAAAUCUCACAAGGUCAUUGGCCUCCCAUGGCAAACUAGUACCAUUCAUUCAUCUUUUUCAUGACGAGGUCGACCUUUUUGCAAACUGUUCAUUGAUGAGCUUAAGAAACUUGCAUAUGUGCGAGAAAACCCAAGUGCUUGAGGCCUAUUUGAUCUUGGGUACAUGAGUAAACGAAACUUGAUUUGUGACAGAUGAAAAAUUCUGCAUGACCAUAAAUCAUUUCCAAUCAUUACUAAUGCCCUCGUCCACCAUGCUUGCUGUACCUCGUUUGGAUACUUUAUUCUAUUUUCAUGUAAUUACAUUAUUCAGGAACUUUCAAUAAAUUUCUAAAUGUUCAGGACGCGUGU